GUGACGUCACGAAACAUCAAUACGCUGAAAAUCAACCGUGUAUUUCUAGUGUGAGUGUUGUGGACGUUCGCUUCUAAUUCCACCCUAAUUUCACACGACACGACAUGUCUGCGGGGGACUCUCUAGGGGCUCCGGCGGCCGGAGGCGGCGCCGGCGACGACGGCAUCGUCGGCGGUCCGAGGACGCCGCAGCAGAUCGCCGCCCAACGACGCCUCCAGCAGACGCAAGCCCAGGUCGACGAGGUGGUGGACAUCAUGAAGACGAACGUAGAAAAGGUCCUCGAAAGAGAUACCAAACUGUCAGAACUCGAUGACAGAGCGGAUGCGCUGCAGCAAGGAGCCUCCCAGUUUGAACAACAGGCCGGCAAACUAAAGCGAAAAUUCUGGUUGCAGAACCUGAAGAUGAUGAUAAUCAUGGGAAUAAUCGGUUUGGUCAUAUUAAUUAUCAUUGUCAUGAAAUUCAUGCCGAACGAACCCGCUGCACCCCCCCCGCAGCCGUACCCACCGCAGCAGGUGGUGUUGUCGGGGGGAGGCGCGGCGGCCAACCCGCCGGCCACGGCGCCAGGGGGCCAGCCCGCCGGCAGCGGACCCGCCACCACCAAAGGCUAGAUGUCGCCGCCGCUAUUUUGCUUUGCGUGCUUGCAGGGGGAGGGGGGCGGCCGCGCCGCCCCCGAUGCCACGAUUCGGAACGAGUUGGACUUUUUCUUUGGUUUUGUUUUCGACUCAAAAAGGAUCAUUGUUGUGUAUAGUAUUGUGAAGCAAUCGAUAGUUUGAGGCAAACGAUUCUUUUUUCUGUUUGAUUGAGGUUUUUCUCUGACGUAAUAUAGUCGAAGGCUUUAAAUUAUGACAACUGUACAAAGUUAAGGACAAUGUCUGCGAAUUUUGUCGAUUAUAAAUAAAUUUGAGGAUAAUUUUAAGUGUUAGAUGUCCUGUACUUAGCGAGUGCAUUAUGGGAUUUAGCAUAAUUGUAAAUUUGUUAGUGGAUUCAUUUCACGAUAUUGUAAAAAGAUUUAAUUACUAUGAAUGUAAUAUAUUGAUAUUAUCUAUUUAUUAUCACUUUAUUAUUAUGAUUAUUAUCAUUAAAUAAAUUAUUCAAUAGA